UUCAAGUAACAUUCUGAAAAUAUAACACAACUUCAACAUUUUUUAUAUUUUCUACUCUUUGACACACAAGUAAAAUAUAAAACUAUUCGGCCUUUUAAUAUUGGAUAAACCACUAUGACUUGUAAUUUAAAUUCACAUAUCCAUCAAAACGACUCUCAUUUCAAUAGAUGUUCAGAUCCGUUAUGUAAAGUUGCGAUUGAUCGAACCAGAAAGAUUUCUAUUCUUAGAACUAAGGAGCAUGAAGUACAAGAAAAAUAUGAUAAGAUGUUAAAAGUUCAAGACUCUAUAAACAAGCGGCGUCAAUCAGUGAGCCCUCAUUUUGGUUUUUCUAGACCUAAAUCAGUUGGCACAUUAUUAGACUGCGAUAAUAAAAGCGAGAUUGGAAUUAAAAAACAACGUCGCUGGACAAUUCUGCAAUCAUCAACCGUACCUAGUCAUGUGCCGAUAAGAGAUGCAGACGCUCGUAAUAAUGUGUUUGUUUCGUCAAUUCUAAGAACAAACGAGGUGAGGGAAAUUGACGAAAACAACUUUUUUCUUCAACAUUCAUCUGAUUCUCUUAUUAAAAAUUUUUCGAAAUUUAAAUACUCAAAAAGUAUGAUUUUUGAAGAUUUUAUUCAAGAAAAUAAUCUACCCUCUAAAUCGCUUCAAAAAAGCUUUGAAGAAGUUUCUAAAGUUACGAAAAAAGUAACCGUUAUUGAUGCAAGCGAUUGUCUAGUUGUUUCUACACUUUUACCAACGCUACCAACGCCUAAAGUUUGUGAAUUUGAAAUUCGUAAAUUAGAAGCACAAAAAAAACUUGAAGUACGCAGAAAGCUUCUUCAAGAGUUUGAUGAAGAAAUACAGAAAAUUAAUAAAAUUUUAAAACACACUUUAUGUGAAACUUCUUCUAAACUUUUUUAAUUAUAAUUUAUUAUUUACUAAUUUAAUUUAACUUUUAUUUUU